GUUCUGCUUCCAUCUGGUGUUCUUUGUGUGCACACACUGUUGUACUUCAGGUGCAGUAAAUUCUCUUAACUCUGGCUUUCACACCUGAAAACCUAUGACACACUCAUGAGAAAAAAAAAAAAAAUCAAAUUCCAACUAAUUUAAAAAGUGGCAGCAGGACUUCAUUAGUAUCAUUUUAUUCUUAUCAUUUCAAAAUGUCACAUCAAUCAUAGCCUAUUUAAAUACAUUAACACAAUCCUAAACCCAUCCAACCACUCCAUACAACUUCAAAAGAAAAGAAAACCAGUGUGAUUUCCUAUAAGAGGAGGAGCCCAUUUUUGAGGAAACUUAACUGGAGGAGGAGCUGAAUCAAGUUUACAUGAGUGAGGAGCUGGAUGAAAAUUACCUGUGAUUGGAAGAUUCUGAUAGAGUAGGACGGUUGUUCCAGUAGAACUUGAUUUGAUCACCCCACAUCAUUUCUUUUUAUUUUACUACUUGGACUCCCAUGUCUCUUGUGACACCUAUUUCCAAACCACCUUUCUGCACACUUGAAGCGCUGACCUGCAGUAUGCAGCAACCGGUAAGGCAGAGACUGAGACCUUGGCUGGAGGAACAGAUUCAGUCCGGGAAGUAUCCAGGUGUCAGCUGGCUGGACCAGUCAGCUUGCAUCUUCCAGAUUCCAUGGAAACACGCAGCUCGCCAUGGUUGGAGCAUUGACCGGGAUGCUACGCUCUUCAGGAGUUGGGCUAUGCACACAGGAAAGUACCGUCCAGGCAGAGACAAGCCAGAUCCCAAGACAUGGAAAGCAAAUUUCCGGUGUGCCUUGAAUUCCCUACCGGACAUCUGUGAACUGCGGGAGCACAGCAGGAAGCGAGGCAGCAACGCCUACAGAGUCUACAGGAUGCUGCCCAGCUCUCAAACACGCAGACGAAGGAGAAGACUGUUCCACAGGCCGCAGGAGAGGCCGAGAGAUUUGGAAAACUCCAGAAGUGAUGACACAUACACCUCACAGCAAACCUGGCAGCCUAUAACAGCACUACCUGUUACAGACCCACCACAUAAGGUGGAGACCUGUGUACAACACAGCUUUAACAGCCCUGAAGUACAAGGAAUGUGGGAAUCCAAACCUGUGGAUCAGGAACCAAGUGAGGCUGUCUGUAAGCUAAUGGACCAUUUAGGCAGCACUGACCUCUGGAACCAGACAUGGGAGCAGAGAGGAUGGAGGACACACACUCAGUGGGAACAACCGCAAUGUGCUGGUGAGGAGAACCCGUAUCCUCUACAGACGGAGGACUACAGUGAUCUGUUUGGCCCAAACUACAUCAAAGAACUCUCAGACUGGUCCACACAUCAGCAAACACUGAUGCUGUAGCUGUUUGUCUUCUCUUUUUGUUCUGUAUUUAUCAUGCAUUUGUUUAAAUGACAAUUUCCUUUAUAUACUUCUGGUUGUUUCCUUGUUUCUGUUGAGCCGACUGCAGAAUGAGUAACCUGAAUGAAAUAAAGCUGGGGAGCAACAGA